AUUGUUUAUCAUUCCCUUAGGUCUUUACAAAAAUUUCUCCGUCAUCAACACAUUUAUUACGCCCCUCCCCUCACAUCAAUUUCACCAAACAUGCGCCAUAUCUGAUUCGACGGAAGACGAACUCGACUGUGUGGCUUCUUCUUCUUCUCUCCCAAAGAUGCUUUCGCAGACGACGAAAUCGAGUAAUUUUGUUUCUUCUUUCACUGUCUCUUUCAAAAUAAUGUUGCAGUUGCAGAGUCGGAUCCCAAAGAGAUAUUUAAGGCCUUAAAGCCCAAUUAGGCCUAGUGGGUCUUCAUAAUGGGCCUUAUUAAUUAAGAUGUAGAAGUGAGUGAGAGAGACGAGGGAAACUGAAACUGAAGCUGUUGAGAAGAAUGGAGGAAACAAAAAGCGGCGGCGGCGGUGUUAGGCUUCACGUCGGAGGAUUGGGAGAAAGCGUUGGAAGAGAUGAUCUACUCAAGAUCUUCUCUCCGAUGGGAACUGUUGAUGCUGUCGAAUUCGUUAGGACUAAAGGUCGUUCCUUUGCCUACAUCGACUUCUCUCCAUCGUCCGAAAAAUCCCUCAGCAAGCUCUUCUGCACGUAUAAUGGAUGUGUAUGGAAAGGAGGGAGGUUACAUCUGGAGAAAGCUAAAGAGCAUUAUCUAGCUCGGUUGAAGCGAGAGUGGGAAGAGGCGUCUUCUCCUAAAGAUGAUACCACCAUAAAAGCUCCUCCUUCUGAUUCAGAACCUUCCACUCAUCUUAACAUCUUCUUUCCCAGACUCAGAAAGGUGAGAGCUAUGCCACUUAGUGGAACUGGAAAACAUAAGUAUAGUUUUCAGCGUGUUCCAUUGACGUCUUCUCUUCCAAAGAGCUUUUGUGAUUGUGAAGAGCACUCUAACAACUCUCUCACUCCUCGGGAAACACAUCUUCAUGAUCUAGACGCGCUUAAUGUGGGAAUAAACGAAGACGAGGUGAAUGUUAUGAACUCCGUGAUGAAUAAGCUCUUUCAGAAACACAACAUUCCAACUAGUGAGCAGGUCCCUGAAGAAGACAAUGAUGAGAUUGAUGCAGACCAAGAUAACCUUGUCAUCAAUGUGGUAUCUAGUGGGAACGAUAUGGGGAAGGCAGAGAUGGAUAUGUUGUCUAGGAAACGGAAAUCAAUUCUCAACGAAACAACACAAAGUGGAAAAGGAUAUGGUGAAGGAAGAAAAGGGAACCACAUUCACCCUAGCAAAAAAAGGCAAACAAUCAGCCAAGAGGAAAGUGGACGACUGGAAUCUUCUCUGGCCACACGUGAAAAGAAGAAGCCUUCUGAAGUGGUACCGGAUAAAUCAUCAGAUGAACCGAGCAGAACAACAGGUGUCAAGCGGUCUAAUGACAAUAUUUCCUGGUCCCAAAAGUCGUCCUGGAAAUCACUUAUGGCCAAUGGGGACAGCAGUGAUUUUAGUGUAUCUAGUUUCUUGCCAGGUGUUAGCUCCAGUAAAGCAGUACAACCUGCACCACACAACACUGAUCUUACUGGGUUUCCUAGCCGAGAAAAUUUGAAGGGGAAGACAAAAAGUAAGCGCCUAACUUCUACAGUCAUGGCAGCGGAUUUACCCGUGUCAGAUGACAUAAAGAGGGAUGAUAGUGACAUUAUAGCAGAUGAUAUAGAGAGGGAUGAUAGUGAUGCUGGGGAAGAUGACGCAGCUAGUGACUCUAUGGCAGAUGACACAGCUAGUGACUCUUUGGUUGAGAGGGAUGAUAGUGAUGCUAUGGAAGAUGACGCAGCUAGUGAGUCUAUGGCAGAUGACACAGCUAGUGACGCUUUGGUUGAGGGGGAUGAUAGUGAUGCUGGGGAAGAUGACGCAGCUAGUGACUCUAUGGUUGAGAAGGAUGAUAGUGAUGCUGCGGAAGAUGACGCAGCUAGUGACUCUAUGGUUGAGAGGGAUGAUAGUGAUGCUGUGGAAGAUGACGCAGCUAGUGACUCUAUGGUUGAGAGGGAUGAUAGUGAUGCUGUGGAAGAUGACGCAGGUAGUGACUCCUUGGUUGAGAUGGAUGAUAGUGAUGCUGUGGAAGAUGACGCAGCUAGUGACUCUAUGGCAGAUGACACAGCUAGUGACGCUUUGGUUGAGAGGGAUGAUGGUGAUACUACUGAAUAUGAAACAGCUAAUGAGUCCAUGGCUGAUGAUCCAGCUAGUGACUCUGUGGCAGAUGACACAGCUAGUGACGCUGUAGAUUCAGACGACUCAGAAUCACUUUCAGAUACUGUUGAAGCGGUACCCCUGGAAUUUGUUGCAAACACCGAGGGCAAUAGGGGGAACAUGAAGUCGAAUGCGGGAAAGCAUGAAAAUGUAGCAGAGGAUUUGAAUUCGGAAAAGGAAAGCUUAGUCGUCAAGGAAGAUGUUGUAGAAGAAGAAGAGGCGGGGAAAGAACCACUGAAAGCUUCUAACAACAAGUCAACAGGAGGUUCUUCAUGGCUUCAGAAGGCUUCAUGGACUCAGCUGGUUAGCGACAAAAAUACGCCUUCAUUCAGUAUAACUCAACUCUUCCCAGAUCUAAGUACUGACAAGGGCGAAGCAGCUAAAGUGAUCAACAAUGUAGAACACCAGACUGCAAGUGCAAUGAAACAAACAGAAUUCACAUGUAGCAGCGGUGGCUUUGUGACUGCGGGAGUCCCUGUGGAUAGUACCCCUGUGAGAAGUUUAGAUGAGAAUCGGCAGCGUCUGAAUAGUAAAAAUUUGAGUGGAGGCAGAUUGGGUGCGAAGAAGAAGACAUUUAAGAGAAAGGUUGGGUCGGGGGAGACAUGCACUUUUAUGAGAAGCUCGACUUCUUUGAAAGAGUGGGCAAAGGCUAAGAAGGCAUUGAGUGAGCCCAGGAGAAAGAAAAAUAGUGAAGAAUGAGUUAGAUUGUAAGACGAUCAGAGGCACCUCAAAUUAUGUAUUCCUCUACAGUUUUUGUGCUUGAAUGAUACAAUACAAAGCUUCCUUCUUUUUAAAAAAUUUAAGGUUUUAACGUACA